AUGAUUUUGCAUUUCCAGGAUUUCCGAUGGGGAGGAGAACUCUUUUGUUUACUAACAGUUCUCCUCUCUGUCAGCUGGGGCACACUGCUUUGGAUCCAAAGUAGUUUGAUUACAGUAAACACACCGACACCGCCCCCCUAGGAAACCACUCCCAGCAUACAGUUAACCCUUUGAUCUCCCCUCAGGUUAACCCGUUCCUGCCCAGUGAAAUUAGUACAGUGUCAGUGCUUUUUUUUAGCACUGAUCACUGUAUUGGUGUCACUGGGAAUGUCAGUGACACCAAGUCAGUUCCCCCCCCAGUGUCAGAAUGUCCACCACAGUC